CUAGGUGUUCUCUGCCUGCCAGACAGCUUGAACCUCCACAAAGACCAGCAGAGGUCGAACAAGCCUGGGGAAGUGCAGAUGUUCAGCCAGUCAGAGUUACGGACCAUCGAGCAGUCUCUACUUGCUACACGUGUGGGGAGCAUUGCUGAGCUCAGUGACCUGGUGUCUCGUGCAAUGCACCACCUUCAGCCGCUCAAUGCCAAGCAGCACGGGAACGGCACGCCAAUGCAUCAGAAGCAGGGAUCGCUCUACUGGGAGCCGGAGGCCCUGUACACGCUCUGUUAUUUUAUGCAUUGCCCGCAGAUGGAGUGGGAAAACCCAAACGUGGAGCCGUCAAAAGUCACACUGCAGACUGAAAGCCUGGGAGACGCCGGCCCCGGCAAUAACGAAGGAAGUCGGCACACGAGCUGGCGCAAAGUGGGGGCGCGGGAGCACCAGCCCUGCCGCCGCGGGGAGCGCGUUGGGGAGAGAAGCGCGGUUGACUGUGAACCUCGACAGUUGAAAAUCGACGACUGUUUUUGUGCAUCUCGGAAACUGGAUGCAGUUGCCACUGAAGCGAAGUUCAAGCAGGACCUGGGUUUCCGAAUGCUGAACUGUGGCCGAACAGAUCUAGUUAAACAGGCCAUAUCCUUGCUGGGGCCGGAUGGAAUUAACAGCAUGAGUGAACAGGGCAUGACUCCACUGAUGUAUGCUUGUGUCAGGGGUGAUGAGGCUAUGGUGCAGAUGCUGCUAGAUGCUGGAGCAGAUCUGAAUGCUGAGGUUGUCAGUACUGCUCAUAAAUACCCAUCCGUCCACCCUGAGACCCGCCAUUGGACAGCUCUGACAUUUGCUGUGUUGCAUGGACAUAUUCCUGUAGUUCAGCUGUUGCUGGAUGCUGGAGCAAAGGUGGAAGGUUCCUUGGAGCAUGGAGAGGAAAAUUACUCUGAAACUCCCUUACAGUUGGCAGCAGCUGCUGGAAAUUUUGAACUGGUUAGUUUGCUGUUGGAGCGAGGAGCUGACCCCAUGAUAGGAACAAUGUACAGGAAUGGCAUUUCCAUGACUCCACAAGGUGACAUGAACUCUUUCAGUCAGGCUGCUGCACAUGGACACAGGAACGUGUUUCGUAAGCUGCUCGCUCAGCCGGAGAAAGAGAAGAGCGAUAUUCUGUCCCUGGAGGAGAUAUUGGCCGAGGGGAGUUCUGCGGCGGCUCCGCUUUGCGCCAGCCGCAACAGCAAGGCCAAACUGAAAGCCCUGAAGGAAGCCAUGUAUCACAGUGCCGAGCAUGGAUACGUGGAUGUGACUAUUGACAUCAGGAGCAUAGGUGUUCCCUGGACGCUGCACACGUGGCUGGAGUCCUUGCGAACGUCCUUCCAGCAGCACAGAAGACCCCUCAUCCAAUGCUUGCUAAAGGAAUUCAAGUCCAUUCAGGAAGAAGAGUACACAGAGGAGCUCAUCACACAAGGGUUGCCUUUGAUGUUUGAGAUAUUGAAAGCGAGCAAGAAUGAAGUGAUAAGUCAGCAGCUGUCCGUCAUUUUCACUCACUGCUAUGGACCCUACCCUAUUCCAAAGCUUGUUGAAAUUAAGCGCAAACAGACCUCUCGCUUAGAUCCCCAUUUUCUUAACAACAAAGAGAUGUCAGAUGUUACAUUUCUGGUGGAAGGAAGACCAUUUUACGCACACAGAGUGUUGCUAUUUACCGCAUCACCAAGGUUUAAAGCAUUGCUGUCUAGCAAGCCUGCAGCUGAUAGUACUUGUAUUGAGAUCAACUAUGUGAAGUACCCCAUCUUUCAGCUGGUUAUGCAGUAUCUUUAUUAUGGAGGUGCAGAGUCACUCCUGAUUAAAAACAAUGAAAUUAUGGAGCUUCUCUCUGCUGCUAAAUUUUUCCAGCUUGAAGCUUUACAACGACACUGUGAGAUCAUUUGUGCAAAAAGCAUUAAUACAGAAAACUGCGUGGAUAUUUAUAAUCAUGCCAAGUUUCUCGGAGUCACAGAACUAUCUGCCUAUUGUGAAGGCUACUUUCUAAAAAAUAUGAUGGUCCUCAUUGAAAACGAAGCUUUCAAACAGCUGUUGUAUGACAAGAAUGGAGAAACGUCUGGUCAGAAUGUACUACAGGACUUACAGAGGACGUUGGCCACAAGGAUUCAGUCAAUUCAUUUGUCUUCUUCAAAGGGCUCCAUUGUAUAAAGCUGAGGAAGACGGUAACACUCUAAUAAAGACCCUGCAAGUUAAGUCUCCUGUUGCAGUUGCUUAAACGAAUACGAAAAAAUUUCUGCUUCGCACCCAAAUAGUUCUGUGUUGGCCAAAGGAGCUGCGUGGAGGCUGAGGCCUCGUUUGGAUGAGGGAAUACAGAAUACAUGGCUCCUCCAUGUUUUUGAGGAACAGGGAUACAACAGUAUCCAGUGAACCGCUGUUGUAUUCAAACGCUGAACACAAAAGUGUGGUCCUGGAGCUAGAUGCCAACACAAGCCAGAACCCACAUCAGUGAACAGCAGAAGCCCCUGCCUGAGCAGUGAUGCCAUGGAACACCUGAAUUAGUCAUUUAAGGCUGUUUUGUUCCACAGAGUUACGCAUUUAAGAACUACAUCUAUCCUGGAGUCCAUUAUCUUCUGCAUUUAAGAAAUGUAAGAACUGUUAGUUACCAUUGAGCAAAGAUCAGCUGUGUCAGAGAGUGGGUAAGACUGUUAUAAAUGAGGAAAUAUACUGGCAGAUUUUUAGGGGUGGGAACUUUUUAAAUUGUUCAUAAAAAAUAAAGGGGUGGCCUUGUAGUUUAAAAACUAUUUCUUAAGCUUAAAAUUUCAUUUCGACAGAGCUGUGUUUGAGAAUCUAUGUAACGUUUUGUUUUUUAAAUGGUAAAAUGUACAUUGUGUAAACAUACAUAUGAUCAAGUUUUGCUUGUAUUCUUUCCUAAGGUGGUAUAAUCUUGCCUCACCAGGCUAUGGUUACACCAAAGAGGUACAUUACCAAGACUAUCUCUAAUACAGUAGUUGGGCUACUCGUGAUUUGGAGUUAAAAACAAUGACAAACUCAACAUGCAUUUGCAUGGUAACUGUACCUGUGAAAUGUUAUGUUUGUGCUUCGUUUUGCCAAGACAAAUGCAAUGUUACUUCUUGUCGAACUCCAUUUGUGAAAUUAGCAUAUUUUUUUAUUCAGUGCAAUUGGUUGUGAAAUGAUACCCCCAGAGACCCUUCCCGAAAUGCUGAUUUCUGUUUGUUACAGUGAAGGGAUAAUAACAGAUCUUUAUUCUAGUAAUGUGUCAAUACUUUGCUACUGGCCAGAGAUUGUGUCUGAGUUAGACUUUUUUUUAAAUUAUAAUUAAAUAUGUACUAUAGA